AUGGACGUGGACGUGAACGUGGACGUGGACGUGGACGUGGACAUGGACUGGACGUGGACGUGGACGUGGACAUGGACGUGGACAUGGACGUGGACUUGGACGUGGACGUGGACGUGGACGUGGACGUGGACAUGGACGUGGCCAUGGUCGUGGACGUGGACGUGGACGGACAUGGACGUGGCCAUGGUCGUGGACGUGGACGUGGACGUGGACGUGGACGUGGACGUGUACAUGGACGUGGACGUGGACGUGGACGUGGACGUGUACAUGGACGUGGACGUAGACGUGGACGUGGACGUAGACGUGGACGUGGACGUGGACGUGGACAUGGACGUGGACGUGGACGUAGACGUGGACGUAGACGUGGACGUGGACGUGGACAUGGACGUGGACGUUGACGUAGAGGUGGACGUGGACGUGGACAUGGACGUGGACGUGGACGUGGACGUGGACGUGGACGACAUGGACGUGGACGUGGACGUGGACGUGGAUGUGGACGUGGACGUGGACGUGGACGUGGACGUGGACGUGGACGUGGACAUGGACGUGGACCGCGUCCGCGUCCGCGGACGUGGACGUGGACGUGGACGUGGUCACGUGGACCUGUACGUGGACGUGGACGUGGACGUGGACAUGGACGUGGACGUGGACGUGGACGUGGAGAUGGACGUGGACGUGGACGUGGACGUGGACGUGGACGUGGAGAUGGACGUGGAUGUGGACGUGGACGUGGACGUGGACGUGGACAUGGACGUGGACGUAGACGUGGACGUGGACGUAGACGUGGACGUGGACGUGGACGUGGACGUGGACAUGGACGUGGACGUGGACGUAGACGUGGACGUAGACGUGGACGUGGACGUGGACGUGGACAUGGACGUGGACGUUGACGUAGACGUGGACGUGGACGUGGACAUGGACGUGGACGUGGACGUGGACGUGGACGUGGACGUGGACGUGGACGACAUGGACGUGGACGUGGACGUGGAUGUGGACGUGGACGUGGACGUGGACGUGGACGUGGACGUGGACGUGGACCGCGUCCGCGUCCGCGGGCGUGGACGUGGACGUGGACGUGGUCACGUGGAUGUGUACGUGGACGUGGACGUGGACGUGGACAUGGACGUGGACGUGGACGUGGACGUGGAGAUGGACGUGGACGUGGACGUGGACGUGGACGUGGAGAUGGACGUGGAUGUGGACGUGGACGUGGACGUGGACGUGGACGUGGACGUGGACGUGGAGAUGGACGUGGAUGUGGACGUGGACGUGGACGUGGACGUGGACGUGGACAUGAAGGACAUGGACGUGGACGUGGACGUGGACGUGGACAUGAAGGACAUGGACGUGGACGUGGACAGGGACGUGGACGUGGACGUGGACGUGGACGUGGACGUGGACGUGGAGAUGGACGUGGACGUGGACGUGGACAUGGACGUGGAGAUGGACGUGGACGUGGACGUGGACGUGGACGUGGACAUAGACGUGGACGUGGACGUGGACGUGGACGUGGACAUGGUCGUGGACGUGGACGUGGACGUGGACGUGGACAUGGUCGUGGACGUGGACGUGGACGUGGACGUGGACGUGGACGUGGACGCGGACGUGGACAUGGACGCGGACGCGGACGUGGACAUGGACGUGGACGGGGACGUGGACGUGGACGGGGACGUGGACGUGGACGUGGACGUGGACGUGGUGGACUUGGACGUGGACAUGGACGUGGACGUGGACGUGGACGUGGACGUGGACGUGGAGGACGUGGACAUGGACGUGGACGUGGACAUGGACGUGGACAUGGACGUGGACGUGGACGUGGACAUGGUCGUGGACGUGGACGUGGACGUGGACGUGGACGUGGACGUGGACAUGGACGUGGACAUGGUCGUGGACGUGGACGUGGACGUGGACGUGGACAUGGACGUGGACGUGGACAUGAAGGACAUGGACGUGGACGUGGACGUGGACGUGGACGACUUGGACGUGGACAUGGACGUGGACGUCGACGUGGACGUGGACGUGGACGUGGACGUGGACAUGGACGUGGACGUGGACGUGGACGUGGACAUGGACGUGGACGUUGACGUGGACGUGGACGUGGACGUGGACGUGGACGUGGACGUGGACGUGGACGUGGACGUGGACGCGGACGUCGACGCGGACGCGGACGCGGACGUGGACGUGGACGCGGACGUGGACGUGGACGUGGACGGGGACGUGGACGUGGACGGGGACGUGGACGUGGACGUGGACGUGGACGUGGAUGUGGACGUGGACGUGGACGUGGAGAUGGACGUGGACGUGGACGUGGACAUGGACGUGGACAUGGACGUGGACGUGGACGUGGACGUGGACGUGGACGUGGACGUGGACGUGGACAUAGACGUGGACGUGGACGUGGACGUGGACGUAGACAUGGUCGUGGACGUGGACGUGGACAUGGUCGUGGACGUGGACGUGGACGUGGACAUGGACAUGGACGUGGACGUGGUGGACGUGGACGUGGACGUGGUGGACUUGGACGUGGACAUGGACGUGGACGUGGACGUGGACGUGGACGUGGACGUGGAGGACAUGGACAUGGACGUGGACGUGGACAUGGACGUGGACAUGGACGUGGACGUGGACGUGGACAUGGUCGUGGACGUGGACGUGGACGUGGACGUGGACGUGGACAUGGACAUGGUCGUGGACGUGGACGUGGACGUGGACGUGGACGUGGACAUGGACGUGGACGUGGACAUGAAGGACAUGGACGUGGACGUGGACGUGGACGUGAACGUGGACGUGGACGUGGACGUGGACGUGGACAUGGACGUGGACGUGGACGUGGACGUGGACAUGGACGUGGACGUGGACGUGGACGUGGACGUGGACGUGGACAUGGACGUGGACGUGGACGUAGACGUGGACAUGGACGUGGACGUGGAUGUGGACGUGGACGUGGACGUGGACGCGGACGUGGACAUGGACGCGGACGCGGACGUGGACAUGGACGUGGACGGGGACGUGGACGUGGACGGGGACGUGGACGUGGACGUGGACGUGGACGUGGACGUGGACAUAGACGUGGACGUGGACGUGGACGUGGACGUGGACAUGGACGUGGACGUGGACGUGGACGUGGACUUGGACGUGGAGGUGGACGUGGACAUGGACAUGGACGUGGACGUGGACGUGGACGUGGACAUAGACGUGGACGUGGACGUGGACGUGGACGUGGACCUGGACGUGGACGUGGGCGUGGACGUGGACAUGGACGUGGACGUGAACGUGGACGUGGACAUAGACGUGGACGUGGACGUGGACGUGGACGUGGACGUGGACAUGGACGUGGACGUGGACGUGGACAGGGACGUGGACGUAGACGUGGACGUGGACGUGGACAUGGACGUGGACGUGGACGUGGACGUGGACGUGGACGUGGACAUAGACAUGGACGUGGACGUGGACGUGGACGUGGACAUGGACGUGGACGUGGACGUGGACGUGGACUUGGACGUGGACGUGGACGUGGCCGUGGACAUGGACGUGGACGUGGACGUGGACGUGGACGUGGACGUGGACGUGGACAUGGACGUGGACGUGGACGUGGACAUGGACGUGGACAUGGACAUGGACGUGGACGUGGACAUGGACGUGGACGUGGACGUGGACAUGGACGUGGACGUGGACAUGGACGUGGACGUGGACGUGGACGUGGACGUGGACAUGGACGUGGACGUGGACGUGGACGUGGACAUGGACGUGGACGUGGACAUGGACGUGGACGUGGACGUGGACGUGGACAUGGACGUGGACGUGGACAUGGACGUGGAGAUGGACGUGGACGUGGACAUGGACAUGGACAUGGACGUGGACGUGGACAUGGACGUGGACGUGGACGUGGACGUGGACAUUGACGUGGACGUGGACAUGGACGUGGACAUGGACGUGGACGUGGACAUGGACAUGGACAUGGACGUGGACGUGGACAUGGACGUGGACGUGGACAUGGACAUGGACGUGGACGUGGACGUGGACGUGGACAUGGACGUGGACGUGGACGUGGACGUGGACGUGGACGUGGACAUGGACGUGGACGUGGACGUGGACGUGGACGUGGACGGGGACGUGGACAUGGACGUGGACGUGGACAUGGACAUGGACGUGGACGUGGACGUGGACGUGGACAUAGACGUGGACGUGGACGUGGACAUGGACAUGGACGUGGACGUGGACGUGGACUUGGACGUGGACGUGGACGUGGACGUGGACAUGGACAUGGACGUGGACGUGGACGUGGACAUGGACGUAGACCUGGACAUAGACGUGGACGUGGACGUGGACGUGGACGUGGACCUGGACAUGGACGUGGACCUGGACGUAGACCUGGACGUGGACGUGGACAUGGACGUGGACGUGGACGUGGACGUGGACGUGGACAUAGACGUGGACGUGGACGUGGACGUGGACAUGGACGUGGACGUGGACGUGGACGGGGACGUGGACGUGGACGUGGACGUGGACAUGGACGUGGACAUGGACGUGGACGUGGACAUGGACAUGGACAUGGACGUGGACGUGGACAUGGACGUGGACGUGGACAUGGACAUGGACGUGGACGUGGACGUGGACGUGGACAUGGACGUGGACGUGGACGUGGACGUGGACGUGGACGUGGACAUGGACGUGGACGUGGACGUGGACGUGGACGUGGACGGGGACGUGGACAUGGACGUGGACGUGGACAUGGACAUGGACGUGGACGUGGACGUGGACGUGGACAUAGACGUGGACGUGGACGUGGACAUGGACAUGGACGUGGACGUGGACGUGGACUUGGACGUGGACGUGGACGUGGACGUGGACAUGGACAUGGACGUGGACGUGGACGUGGACAUGGACGUAGACCUGGACAUAGACGUGGACGUGGACGUGGACGUGGACCUGGACAUGGACGUGGACCUGGACGUAGACCUGGACGUGGACGUGGACAUGGACGUGGACGUGGACGUGGACGUGGACGUGGACAUAGACGUGGACGUGGACGUGGACGUGGACAUGGACGUGGACGUGGACGUGGACGGGGACGUGGACGUGGACGUGGACGUGGACAUGGACGUGGACGUGGACGUGGACGUGGACGUGGACGUGGACAUGGACGUGGACGUGGACGUGGACAUGGACGUGGACGUGGACAUGGACGUGGACGUGGACGUGGACAUGGACGUGGACUUGGACGUGGACGUGGACGUGGACGUGGACGUGGACAUGGACGUGGACGUGGACAUGGACGUGGACGUGGACGUGGACAUGGACGUGGACGUGGACAUGGACGACGUGGACGUGGACAUGGACGUGGACGUGGACAUGGACGUGGACGUGGACGUGGACAUGGACGUGGACGUGGACAUGGACGUGGACGUGGACGUGGACGUGGACAUGGACGUGGACGUGGACGUGGACGUGGACGUGGACAUGGACGUGGACGUGGACAUGGACGUGGACGUGGACGUGGACGUGGACAUGGACGUGGACGUGGACAUGGACGUGGAGAUGGACGUGGACGUGGACAUGGACAUGGACAUGGACGUGGAUGUGGACAUGGACGUGGACGUGGACAUGGACAUGGACGUGGACGUGGACAUGGACGUGGACGUGGACGUGGACGUGGACAUGGACGUGGACGUGGACAUGGACGUGGACAUGGACGUGGACGUGGACAUGGACAUGGACAUGGACGUAAACGUGGACAUGGACGUGGACGUGGACAUGGACAUGGACGUGGACGUGGACGUGGACGUGGACAUGGACGUGGACGUGGACGUGGACGUGGACGUGGACGUGGACAUGGACGUGGACGUGGACGUGGACGUGGACGGGGACGUGGACAUGGACGUGGACGUGGACAUGGACAUGGACGUGGACGUGGACGUGGACGUGGACAUAGACGUGGACGUGGACGUGGACAUGGACAUGGACGUGGACGUGGACGUGGACGUGGACGUGGACUUGGACGUGGACGUGGACGUGGACGUGGACAUGGACAUGGACGUGGACGUGGACGUGGACAUGGACGUAGACCUGGACAUAGACGUGGACGUGGACGUGGACGUGGACGUGGACCUGGACGUGGACGUGGACCUGGACGUAGACGUGGACGUGGACGUGGACAUGGACGUGGACGUGGACGUGGACGUGGACAUAGACGUGGACGUGGACGUGGACGUGGACAUGGACGUGGACGUGGACGUGGACGGGGACGUGAACGUGGACGUGGACGUGGACAUGGACGUGGACGUGGACGUGGACGUAGACGUGGACAUGGACGUGGACGUGGACAUAGACGUGGACGUGGAUGUGGACGUGGACGUAGACGUGGACAUGGACGUGGACGUGGACGUGUAG